AUGUCAUUAAAGUUUAUUGCCGAAGCAGCGAAUCUAUUGUUACAAACUACCUUGAAUGCCAAUGUUGGUUUCACAGAAAUAUCAAUAAAUAAGGAAAAAUUCAUAUUUACUUAUAAAGAAGAGGAAUUAUUAAGGUUGGUCGAACGUAUAGAGUUAGUAAAAAAUCAACAAAGCGAGCAAGAAUACGCGUUACAAAAACAGCAACAGAUAUCAUCGUUAAUAUUUGCUGAACCAACUGAUGAAGUUGAAUUAAAGAAACGAAUCGAUGAAAAAAAACAAUUUCUUUUAGAUUUAAGAGCAAAAAAUUUAGUCAAGAACAAAGCAAUUGAAUGUAUCGAAACAGGACGCGUUAUAUCUGCAACUAUUUUUCCCGAAGAAUCUCAAUUGUCCCCUCAAGCAUUGUAUCCUUUAAAAGUUUUGGUAGCAAUAUAUAUAAUAAGUGAACGUGAUCGUCUUGUAUCAGAAAUUUUGAAAUCCCAUCAAGAACUGUUAAAGGCUCAAACUGAAUUAAUAGAGCUUCAACAAGCUGUCAUAAAGCGCCACAAAGAUAAUAGACAACUAAUGAAACAAAUACAUGACAAACGCACAUCAUUCUCUGAUAAUUCCGGUAGUCAAGACACGAGAAUGAUUCAAAGGACAAAAAAAGACCUGGCUGAUACUAGAGCAAAACGUGAAGUUGUUCGAAAUGUAUUACAGGGUUUGAUACUUGAAAGCGGAGUAGAUUGGGCAGAAGAUGAAUAUUUAUUAAAUUUAUUGCUAAUG